CCAGUAGGAGGCGCCAGAAAAAUGCAACAGUAGGAACAUGCCGGAUAGAGGCUACGUUUUUAUUGGCAAGAUGUCGGGCCACGAUCAGCUGGUCCACUGUUUGUGUGAAUUGACAAGGUUGCUGUGGCAGUUGCUGCUGCCCCUGGUGUUUCUGUGUGUGCUGCUGAUCGCUGUCCUGGUCCUGCUGGUGCUGGCAGUGCGUUUCUGGCUGCAGAGCCACAGGAAUGCUCGGAGGGCAAGAGAUGGCCGUCUCACAGUGGCCUUCUUCCACCCCUACUGCAAUGCUGGUGGUGGGGGAGAGAGGGUGCUCUGGUGUGCUAUCAGAGCGCUACAGAACAGGUACGCAGACAUCAACUUUGUGGUGUACACGGGGGAUGUGGGUGUGACGGGCCAGCAGAUUCUGGAUGGAGCUCGACGUCGUUUCAACAUCAUGCUCCCCCGACCAGUUCAGUUUGUGUAUCUGAGGCACCGGCCGCUUGUGGAGCCCGGCCUGUUUCCUCACUUCACCCUGCUGGGACAGAGUGUGGGCUCCAUCUUCCUGGGAUGGGAGGCACUAAUGGAGUUUGUGCCAGACCUUUAUAUAGACUCCAUGGGCUAUGCCUUCACUCUGCCCCUGUUCCGCUAUCUGGGAGGCUGCAGCGUGGGGAGUUAUGUUCACUACCCCACCAUCAGCACUGACAUGAUGUCUGUCGUGAGAGAGAGGAACCCCAGGUUCAACAACCCAGACUUCAUCUCCAACAGCCUGUUCCUGAGUGCCUUCAAGGUGGUCUACUACUGCAUGUUCGCCCUGCUCUAUGGCAUGGUUGGCUCCUGCAGCGACCUUAUCAUGGUCAACUCAUCCUGGACCCUCAAUCAUAUCCUGUCACUGUGGCACGCUCCCAACCGCACCAGUGUGGUCUACCCACCCUGUGACGUCAGCGCCUUCUUAGAUAUCCCACUAGAAGAGGAUGGGGACAGGAAGUGCCACUCAAUCAUUUCCAUUGGGCAGUUCAGGCCUGAGAAGGACCAUCGGCUGCAGAUCAGAGCUUUCAAGAAGGUGUUAGACAGGAGGAGGGAUAGUGCGGGUGGCAGAGAGGCACUGAAGCUGGUUUUGAUUGGUGGAUGCAGGAAUAAGGAGGAUGAGGAUAGGGUGCUCAUGUUGAGGGGGUUAUGCCAGGAGCUAGGUGUAGCUGACCGAGUGGAGUUUAAACUAAAUAUAUCCUUUGAGGAGCUGAAGCGAGAGAUGGCAGAAGCUACCAUUGGACUCCACACCAUGUCUAACGAACACUUUGGAAUAGGCAUUGUGGAGUGUAUGGCAGCAGGGAAAAUCAUUCUGGCUCACCAGUCUGGAGGCCCAAAGCUGGACAUUGUGGUACCUUUUGAAGGGGGCCAGACAGGCUUCCUGGCUGAUGACGAGGAUAGUUAUACUGAGAUGAUAGAGAGGAUCCUGGCUCUGCCCUCCACCAGCCGGCUGCAGAUCAGACGUAAUGCCCGUCAAUCAGUGGCUCGCUUCUCAGACCAGGAGUUUGAAGCCUGCUUCCUCGCCGCUAUGGAGCCUCUGAUGGGAACACUUGAGCAAUGAAAACUUCUUUAUGUGCACUUGUACAGUUAAGAUGAUGUUGGACACUGCGGGUACUUUGAUGGACAUGGGUUGCAUUUACACUGCAGGACUGGUGACACAAUCUGAUCACUCACAUGCUCACACGGGGUUGCUGAAGGUUGAAUAAUCUGAGAUUGCCAACAUAGUUGUUGGUUCACCAAUCAAAGCAUAUUGUACUUGGAUUUGUCCUAAAAACAAACAAAGAGGCAGUAUUCAUCAUUUUUAGAUAAAUGGCCCUAUAUCAGAUCAAAGUCAGUACAAAUCAGGUACAGAUGGGAUCUGUGGUGUUUUUCUGUUCGAUUUGUAAAUAGUGGAUUAUACUGAGAGAAAUGUUUUACAGUAGUCCUAUAUGUGUUUAAAAGAUGUAUAAUAAAAAUGGGGACCCUGAUGAAACAAUAUGUCUAAUAGUGUAAGCACAUUUAGGAUUAUAAAGAAAAAUAUAUUUGUUUACAAGAAAUAGAUUUCUCUACAUGCCCAAAGUGUGAAGUUUUUGUGAUAGAUGAUGAAUGCAGAACAAUAUUUAAAGGGACUGUUGCAUUUAUGUAACAGUUUAAACAAAGACAAUGUCACUGUGCCUGUAAAUAAACUAAUCUGGAUCAGAGGAAAACCAGUCAAUAACUUUUCUUUAUCUGUUUGGUUUGAUUUGGCACAGUAUAUCAUUGUUUGUCAUUACCUCUGACUUUUAAACAGGAUUAUUUCCAUAGGUGGUAGAGGGGGUUCACCUUUAGAGUUGAUAUUAAUCAUGAAUUUCCUUAUUAACAUUUGGAUUGUUUGAUCUGACUGGUAACUUCCAGGUUGUGUUUUUUCUGUAAUGCUGAGAAAGCUGUUGAGGGCUGACGUCUUGAAGCAAAACUACAUCUCUUAACUGCUUCUGCACAGAAGAAAUUGAAUGGCUUUUCACCAUAGUGAUAUAUUACCAAAUUUUUAUGAACCCGUUUUUAUAAAUGACUGCUGUGUGAAAACAUGGCUUCAAAUCUUAACAUUAAAUCAGAGAUCUUUAAGUUCACUCAAAAACUUGGCUAGUCUGCAUCAUUGGGACUGUGUGUGGAUGGAGUUUGAUCAGAUGUGAUUCUGAUUCAAAUGUCACUAAUUCCUGAUUGAUACACAAAAGUAAUCAUCAAUCUGUCCUGUGAAGUAACCAAAACUGUUGCAACUUUGGCUAGAAAAUUGUGUGUUUAAAUAGAAACUGAGUAGUUACAGUGCCUUGCGAAAGUAUUCGGCCCCCUUGAACUUUGCGACCUUUUGCCAC